AUGUCACACCCUUAUUCGGACAAUCUUUAUUCGUACCCGGGCCUGGGCAACGACGAUGACAUCGAGGAAGCUCCUGAUCAUCAACACGACCAAAGACAAAUCCAAAAUGCAUUUCUACUUGUCGAUAACUUCGUCGAUAACACGUCAGGAUCUUCGUUCAACUCUCCAUUUUCUCCUCCUCCAUUGGACGAGGACCCGUCUCUCGACCCGUCAAUGACCGGUGAUAGCAAGGCGAGAGAGGCGGCUCGCUUUUCGGGACGCGGCGAAGACGUUCACAACGCAGAUGAAGGAGACACAGCGCAUCGGUCGUCUCGGAUAGAUGGCGGCUAUCCAUCUCUUCCCGCUUCCAGUUCGACAUAUGCCACGCCAUCAACCCAUCCGCCACAACACCAGGCCGCGUACUACCCCCACUUCCCAUCACAAGCCGGCUCAUCAUCAUCCCCAUAUAUACCCUCAACGUCCGGUUCACCUUACGCGGCCUACCAUCAUCAACACCAUCAAUCAAUAUCCAGUCAAGGCUCGUCACCAUUCCCCCUUGAGGCCCCUCCCGCCUAUACUCCUUCACCAACAUCGGCGUCGCCUACAAGCCCCCUGAAUUCUUACAUAGCGUCCUCAACAACCUAUCAAACCUUUCCUCAGGCAACAAACCCAUCCUCCUCGACCGACAGCAUGGGUCGUCCGGAUGAGUCUACUGGUUUGCUGAACCGUGGCCCAGAAAGCAUGGGCAACCCCGGUGGUGGGCCAAAUAAUGUGAAACAUACAUGGACUGAGCGAGUUAGGAAUCGUCUGCCCUCCCGAGAGACCGUCAGGAAGACUCUCCUGGUGUUGAUUGUUGCGGUUCUCCUUUUGGGAAUUGUUACCCCCUCGUCCAAUUCCGACCACAACAACAACCCCUCAUCUCCUUCUCACCCCGGCCAUGGCGGCGGCGGACAAGGAGGUUCUUCACCAUCCAGACCGCCCGUCAUGCAAUACCCCGAUAUCGACAACGAGUCUGGCUGGCUCUCGCGCUAUCGCUGCCGCGGCCGCACCAUCGCUCGUCCAACCGAGACCUACGACGUCUCCUUCUCCUCCAGCAAGCACCUGACCAUCAACCAAGAGCGUCUCGACGACGACGGUGACUCGCACCACUAUGACACCUACGUCCAAAUCCAAGGCGAAGUCAUCGUUCGUCGCUCUUCAAAGAACCAGAACACCCCCAACCCUUCCAUCGUUGUGGAAAUUAUCGUCAACGACGACCGCAUCCCCAUCGAAACGCACUGGAAUCCCAACGACCAGGCCCUCACCAUUAAGACCCCCGAUGGAAUAAACACGGGUGAGCGCAACCUCAGGUUAUGUGCUAUCGUGAAGGCCACCGUCUGGGUGCCCGAGGACGCGGAGCUCAAUUACCUCCAGAUCGCCACCAUCCAUUUGGGGGUACAGCUGCUCGAUAACUUGUCCCUGACCAUCGAGACCCUUGCCAAGUUCGACGCUGUGGCUGGGAACAUCAUCUCUGCUUCCUCUGGGGGCAAAGAUGUCACUUACGGAAGCAGCAAAAACAAGGAGGUCCCGCGAGACACCUCUCCAGACUCGUACGCCUUCCACCCGCGCAAGUGCGAAGGAGGCACCACAUCGGGGCAGAUCUACGGCGUCUGGCCGCUCUUUGAUUCUCUCGCAUUGAAAUCCACAUCGGGGGACAUCAAAGUCGGCAUUGAACCCCACGACACCUGGGACCAGCAGUCCGCGCCACAGUCUACAGCGGCAGAGCUCUCCAUCCAUUCCAACUCGGGCGACGUUGACUUCCGCGAGCAUGGCGUCAACACGGGGAAACCCCCGCUCAAGAGGGAUUACAUUCUCGACGUGCACACCACGAGCGGUAACGUCCACGGCCUGGCAGCAUUUUCCUCUUCUGCGACGGUCAAGAGCACAAGUGGGACUUUGAAUUUGGGACUUCUCCCGGUCCUUCUUCAAUCUUCUUCUUCCUCCGACAACCAGCACCCGAUAGAAGUCUCAACCUCGUCCAUCUCCGGCUCUACAACAAUCACCAUCUUUGACCCGCUCUAUUUCUCCUCUUCAUCCUUAUCUUCCUUUACUUCUGCUGUAGCAACUCAACAACCCCUCCGAAACCUCCACCACCAACACACUUCUACGUCGGGUGACUUCCAUCUCUACCUGCCUACUUCCUGGGAGGGCGAGAUUGGCAUGACGUCGCUCAGCGGCAAGCUGGCCGUGGGCGGGAGAGAUGUCAGGAUCAUCAAGAGUGGCGAGAAGUGGCCGGGGUUCAACAGGGAGUUGGUCGCUAGGAAGGGUCCGGAGAGGGAGGAGGGAAGUCGGGUCAGGGUGGGGUUGACGAGUGGGAGUGGGGAGGUUAGAGUUGGGUCAUAG